AUGACCACUUCUUUCUCUCUACCCAAGCCAAUGAAGGCACCUACUCCGUCACGCGUGACAGAGGAUGUCGCCCGCGGGCUAGAAAGGGGGAAGGUCUUUACUUCACCGCAAGAAGCCACACAAAGGCGCACGCGUCAAGAUUUCGGUUCGGAACUGCCUCCAUGCCGGCCAUUCUUCUCCGAUGAACGUCGUCAGACCAGCCUCCCACACUUGCGCGAGCUGGACCUCUUCUCUACGUGCACACGGCCAAUUUCCGCGAUCCACCGGUCUCAUACCAUUGAAUCUCCUGAAGGCUUUCGUGCAUCCGCGACGCCCUUCUCCGCGGCACCCUCCUCCGCCGCUCAAGGGCCCGUGCCCCCGGCGGCCUACUGUCACCAGAGCCGUUCUUCUCUCGCAACGGCGACCUUGCACCGCUGGCAUGGCUCACAAGACCUGACGGCUGUCAGAAGCUGUGGCCCGGACCGGCUUUCCGUAGACCUUCCAACUCGCGAAACGGCCCCACGCGGACAGCGCCGACCCCGCCGCCCAAGCAGCCAGCCCCGCUGCAAUGUACCCUACACCAUAGAGCAGAUCGAUUUCAUUGCAUACUUUCGUGAUGAUCUUCGCCUACCGUGGAAAACCGUGGAGGAGCAGUUUGCCGUCGUCUUCCCCAGAGACGUCAAUCGGGGCCACAGGCGACGGGCACCAGGCCUCCAAGGCAUUUAUUACCGCCAGAACAAUCGGUCUUCCAAACAGGAUAGCGAUGGCUUCUUGAUGCUUGAUUCGACCGAUGGCUCCUUCGCCUCCAAGAGACGUUGUUGGGGACGGGGCGGGAAGACGACCGGCUCGAACGGUCUGCUCGCCACGCAUCCCGAGCGGGCUGUCAACUAUGCCUGGGUCUCAGUUGAGCAUAAGACACAGUGCAGCAUCGGUUAUUCCAUGAAAGGCGUUCUCCCCUGGUCGUGA